AUGCAGCAUCUGUCCGAGACUGUAUUUAUGGGACUAGAGAUCAUAGUGGGGUCCUCACAACAUGUGAUCAUGAGGAGAGAGCUGACGGACUUCAGGGAAAUGAUGGAAAAUCAAAUAUUAAAAAUAAAAGAAGACAGGGAGAUGAAGAGUGGGAGUCGCAGAGAAGGAUUCAGGCUGGAGGGAUCAGAUGUGGACGUCAUGUUCUGGCCAAGUGACCACAUCGUUAUAUGGGACUUAGAUCAGGCUCAAAAUUACGUCUUUAAUAGAAAAACGCUGAUUCUGUGUGAUUGUACAGAGAGCCCGCCAGGAUUUGCUUUACUUGAACUACUGAAACCCACACAAAGGGAAAGUGUACAGAAUGCAUGUAUGAGAAUAAAUGAAAGACAAUAUAUAUCCAGUUCUAAAUACAGACAGAUAACAUGUUCAGCAGUUCUGCCUAAUUCUAAGGAACAUGGUCCGUGUGGUAGUGGUGAUCUUUUGGGCAGAGGAGAGUAUGACCAUGCCCAAUGUUUUGUUUGUGAUUUUUGGCCCCCUCCUGCCUCCAAAUGGAUAGACCGAUGUCACUCAUGGCCACCAUCUUAUGUUGUUGAUGACAUAGUCAGAAAUGGAUGCCACUUUGUAGCAAUAGGACACAAACUAGGAAAACACGCAGACAAAGAAUGGAGAAUUUCCUUCUCUUUGGCAGAACAAAAACUUGUGUACUCAAUGAAUCAUUGCCAAUUCGUAACCUAUGGGCUUCUAAAGAUGUUCUUAAAAGAGUCUAUUAAUCAUAGAUUAAGGGAUGAGGAUAAAUUACUGUGUUCGUAUCACAUAAAGACAGCAGUUUUCUGGAUCAUUCAACAAAACACAAUUCCUCAAUGGAUUCCACAAAAUGUUCUGGAGUGUUUCUGGGUCUGUUUUAAACUUAUUCUCAAAUGGGUGCAUGAAGGAGUAUGUCCAAACUUCUUUAUUCCAGAAAACAACAUGUUUCUGAGUAAUAUCCAUGGUGAAGCACAAAAACAUUUAUUCAUCAGGCUUUAUGAAUUGUAUGAGAGGGGUAUAGCAUCUGUGUUUUAUUGUCCAUCUAUCAGGUAUAGUGUUACAAGUGUCCUUCUAACUCCCAUUGGUAUACAUGAGCAAAUUAUGAUGGUUUUGUUUGAAACUGAUCUAUUUAUGGAACUGUAUAGGAAUGGUAUAGUAGCACUAGACCUACGUCAAUGUAUGAGGUUCCUCAAUGCUGUAGAGAAGUUGAUAAUUUUACCCCUGACCCAGUACCAGGUUCUCCUGAUACAGAGAUGUACAGCCAGUGUUCUCCAGAGCACUGCUAUUAACUUAUACAAUUUUUCAACCAGUUUUGCAUCAUUCAAGAAAAAAUCAAGUUCAGUUUUAAACAAGCAAGUCUAUUUAGCUAACAAAGAAUUCAGUUAUAUACUAAAAUUAGCAUCUAAGUUUGGGUGUAUUUCUGAUAUGUUAUACCUUGCAAUGUUUUACUACAAGACAUUUAGAUAUAAGAAAGCUAUAUCAGUUAUAGAGGUGACAAAGGUCAAGUUAGCACAGCCAUACGUAAUGUAUAUCUCAGAUGAAGUUUUAAAUGCAGGAAGGUGGAUUUUUAGUGAAUCCAUGAGGGGACAAUCCUGGUCUACAAAGAUGAGACAUGCUAUGGCGAUGGAUUUUUUUCUGCUCAAUAUAAUCUGUUACAUUAAUGAAUUGGUGCCAGAACAGCAGUCUGGGCUUCAAUGUACAAAAUAUGGUAUAAUUAUCCCACUUGAUGUUCUGUUACACAUGUUAGAGAUCUUGUGUUGCAGACAUGUAGACCCAGUGAGAGCACAAACAUCUCUUAAUGACCUACAGGAUCUGGUCCACCAUGAUCAGGGGAUGUACAUAAAUGUACACCAAAGAUACAUAUCGUGGCAGAUUCUAGGGUUCUGUCAGCAGGUGACAGAGAACUAUCAAGCUGCUCUGUACUCCUACCAACAAGCUCUAGAACAUACCGAUACAUCACAAAACAUACAAACUGCUACGUUGAUGAGAAUACAGGAAGUCAUGGAACUUAUAAGCUGGGACCAUCAUUGA